AUACUAAAAUCAUCAUAUCCUAACACUACAAAGAAAAAAAAAUGGGGUUCCCUUUUGAAGAAACUAGCUCUAACCCUAAAACCCAAACUGUUAUUGAUGAUGAUACUGAGUUGGGUUUGAUGGCCGUGAGACUAGCCAAUGCCGCAGCCUUUCCCAUGGUUCUCAAGGCCUCCCUCGAGCUUGGUGUCUUUGACACUCUCUACGCUGAUGCUGCUUCUACCGACUCGUUCCUCUCACCAUCUGAGAUAGCGAGUAGGCUACCAACUACACCACGUAACCCUGAGGCGCCGGUUUUGUUGGACAGGAUGCUUCGUUUACUCGCUAGCUACUCCAUGGUCAAGUGCGGUAAGAGCUCGACCGUGAAGGGCGAGAGAGUCUAUAGAGCUGAGCCAAUUUGCAGGUUCUUUUUGAAAGAUAACAUUCAAGAUAUUGGAUCCCUUGCUUCACAAGUCAUCGUCAAUUUUGAUAGCGUCUUCCUCAAUACAUGGGCACAGUUGAAAGAUGUGGUGCUAGAAGGAGGAGAUGCAUUUGGUCGUGCACAUGGUGGCAUGAAACUCUUUGACUAUAUGGGAACAGAUGAGAGAUUCAGCAAGCUCUUUAACCAGACCGGAUUCACAAUUGCGGUUGUGAAGAAGGCUCUUGAAGUGUACCAAGGCUUUAAGGAUGUGAAUGUGUUGGUUGAUGUAGGAGGAGGAGUUGGCAACACCCUUGGUGUUGUUACAUCUAAAUAUCCUCAUAUUAAGGGUAUCAACUUUGAUCUUACUUGUGCCUUGGCACAAGCACCUUCUUACCCUGGAGUGGAACAUGUGGCUGGAGAUAUGUUUGUGGAUGUUCCAACCGGAGAUGCUAUGAUCUUGAAGCGUAUACUUCAUGAUUGGACCGACGAGGACUGCGUGAAGAUUCUUAAAAACUGCUGGAAAUCACUUCCUGAAAAUGGUAAAGUGGUUGUCAUAGAGCUAGUCACUCCUGAAAGUGCUGAGAGUGGAGAUAUCAACUCGAACAUUGCAUUUGAUAUGGAUAUGUUGAUGUUCACACAAUGUUCCGGUGGAAAAGAGAGGUCACGAGCUGAGUUUGAAGCUUUAGCCGCAGAAUCUGGCUUCACCCAUUGCAAAUUCGUUUGCCAAGCUUAUCACUGCUGGGUUAUUGAGUUCUGUAAAUGAAAUGUUUAAAAUUAAUGGUUAAUUCCAUGUAAUGUUUCAAUUCUUUUUCUUGAUGUAAUACAGUUUCAAGCAAUAAAAGCAUUUAAUUUAUCACUGCUGGGUUAUUGAGUUCUGUAAAUGAAAUGUUU